CCGUGCCGGCUUUGCCAGGAGGGAGGGAAGGGGAGGGACGAGGCGCCUGCCAGCACGGGCACAGGAUGGCCUCAGCCCUCCCGCUGCUGCUGCUCUGCGCCCUUGCCCCCGCGGUGGUCCCGGAGGUGCUUGGCCCCGGAGAUGGCACAGAUGACCUCAAGGCGCUGCAGGUCUCCAUCCCGCGGCACCCGGCCCUGGACGCCGUGCUGGCGGGGGACGUCACCAUCCCCUGCCUCAUCACCUACCUCGGGCCCCUGCCCACCGCCGGCACGGCCGGGCGCCGGGCGGUGCUUGGAGCCCCCCGGGUCAAGUGGACCUUCAUCUCCGAGGGCAGGGAGGUGGAGAUCUUGGUAGCCCGGGGGGACAGGGUGAAGGUGAGCGAGGACUAUCGGCUCCGCGCCUCCCUGCCCAUCUUCCACCAGCGCUACACCAACGCCUCGCUGCUGCUCACCGAGCUGCGCCCCAACGACUCGGGGAUUUACCGCUGCGACGUGCAGCACGGCAUCGAGGACGGCCACGACAUCCUCGACCUCAGAGUCAAAGGGGUUGUGUUUCACUAUCGCGAGGGCUCCAUGCGCUACGCCUACACCUUCGCCGAGGCGCAGGAGGCUUGCGCCAGGAUCGGCGCCCGCAUCGCCACCCCCGAGCAGCUGUACGCCGCCUACCUGGGCGGCUACGAGCAGUGCGAUGCCGGCUGGAUCGCCGACCAGACCGUCAGGUACCCCAUCCACACACCCCGCGAGGCUUGUUACGGAGACAUGAACGGCUUCCCCGGGGUGAGGAACUACGGGGUGGUGGACCCGGAGGACAUGUACGACGUGUACUGCUACGCCGAGGACCUGCCAGGGGAGAUCUUUUUGGAGACGGCCCCAGACAAGUUCACGCUGGAGGAGGCGGAGGCGCGCUGCCGGGCACGGGGCGCGGUGCUGGCGAGCCCGGGGCAGCUCUAUGCCGCCUGGAGCGCGGGGCUGGACGCCUGCAGCCCCGGCUGGCUGGCCGACGGCAGCGUCCGCUACCCCAUCGUCACCCCUCGGGAGCGCUGCGGCGGGGCGCUGCCCGGCGUCAAAACCAUCUUCCUCUUCCGCAACCAGACGGGGUUCCCCGAUGCCCAGAGCAGAUACGAUGCGUACUGCUUCCGAGGGGAGGAGGGAGCAGCGCUGGAGCGGCCGCUGGGCUCCGCACCGGGCAGGGACCCCGGGAACACGGCGGCAGAGAGCCCGGAGGGACGGCGAGACCCCGGCCAGCCCACGGAGCCGGACACGGAGGGAGCCGAGGGACCCUCCGACGCCCCGUCCCCAGCGGUGGCCGCAGCAGAUAGCCAAGAGCCAGCCCCAGGGCCGCACGGCCGCGGGUCCGGUGGGACAAGCGGCCCCAUCCCUGCCACGGGGGCUGCCGAGGACGCCGAGCUGUCCGGGGACGUGGCCGAAAGCCCCCGGGGGGCGUCCCCGCUGCCCCCCUCGCAGCUGCAGGAGGACGGCGAGGAGCAGUCGGGGGCCCUGUGGCUCCCCUCGCCCGCGGCCCCAGGGGACGGGGGCACGGUCCCCGCGGCGGAGGCGACGGCGGUCACCCCGUGGCACGCCGAGGUGCCCGGCGGCAGCGACGCACCGGCCACGGGACACGAGGCUGUGCCACAAACCCCGGGCACUGCCCACGGGACACCCGCUGCGUCUUCGGAAGAAGAGGAGGAGGAGAAGGAAAAGGAAGAGGAGAAGGAAGAGGAGGAGGAGGAGGAGGAAGAGCGACCCGUGCCCUCCGUCGCAACUGUGGAGGGUUUCCUUGCAGCCGUUCCCGGAGAACCAGGUGGCUGCGUCCCCAACCCCUGCCUCAACGGAGGGACCUGCACCGAGGACGGCGCCCGCCUCGCCUGCCUCUGCCUGCCCGGCUACGGAGGGAGCAGCUGCGAGAGACCGCUGAAGAGGUGCAGCCCCGGCUGGGACAGCUUCCAGGGAGCCUGCUACAAGCACUUCUCCACCCGGAGGAGCUGGGAGGACGCGGAGACGCAGUGCAGGCACCACGGGGGGCACCUGGCCACCAUCCUGACCCCCGAGGAGCAGGACUUCAUCAACGACCAGUACCGGGAGUACCAGUGGAUCGGCUUGAACGACCGGACCAUCGAGGGGGAUUUCCAGUGGUCCGACGGGAGCCCCUUGCUCUACGAGAACUGGCACCCCGGGCAGCCCGACAGCUACUUUCUCUCCGGGGAGAACUGCGUGGUCAUCGUGUGGCACGACGGGGGGCAGUGGAGCGACGUCCCCUGCAACUACCACCUCUCCUACACCUGCAAAAUGGGGCUGGUGCAGUGCGGGCCCCCCCCCCCGCCGUCGGCAAUGCCCACGCCUUCGGCAGAGCCAAGCCCCGCUACGAGGUCGGCUCCACCGCCCGCUACCAGUGCCGCCGAGGCUUCGCCCCGCGCCGCUCGCCCGUCAUCCGCUGCCUCCAGGACGGGACGUGGGAGCAGCCCCAGCUCUCCUGCCGCCCUGGGUUGGCUCAGCACCCCGGCGACUGAGGGGGUCCCCGAGGACAGGAGGAUCCCCGGUGGAUGGGGACGGCUCCGGGACGCCAGCGCGGGCAGCGGCGGGGCGAGGAGCCUGCCCCGUGGGUGCCCCCCCCUCCGCUUGUUUUAUAUCUGUACAAAGAAACCCCCAUAACUAAAGGUCCCCUGGAAAGGAGUCAGCA